AUGAAUGUAUCUAACAUCACAUCACCAGGUCCCAUGGAGUACCAACGUAACAUAACACCGUACCAGUUGGACCACAACUACUCUGACUAUUAUGAGUUGUAUCCUAACAACAUGCCCGACUCCGACGACUUAUACACGAUAGAGAGUUUAUCCUACCACCCAUCCGAACUUAUCAUUAUCACCUGCAUCAUGCCGACCAUCCUAUGUCUUGGGUUAAUAGGCAACUUAGCCUUCCUCUUUGUGGUGUUUCGGGUGCGCUGGAUGCGCACUGUGGUGAAUUUCUAUCUGAUAAACUUGGCGGCAGCCGAUAUCUUAUUCCUGUGUGCCGCUAUUGGCGAGAAGAUUGGCAUGUAUGUGAACAAUCCCGUCAUGUAUGACGAGUCGUCCAAAGGUAAAGUGGGCUGCAUCAUAAUGGCCUUCGUCAAAGGUUGGUGUUACUAUACUUCUAUUACUUUGGUAACGUUGGUCUCGGUGGGUCGCUUCUAUGCCGUGUGCAAACCGCACGAUUUCAAACUCAAUAGUAAGCAAAGAGCUUUGAAACUUAUCUCAGCAACUUGGCUGGUGUGUUGCAUACUGGGUGCUCUCGUCAUACCAUCCAAGUCGAUGGCCAAGAAAAUGUACUAUUAUCCCGAGUUGGACCCCAAUGAGGAUUUUAUGGAGUUCAUCAACAACCCACGGUAUGUGGAGACCUGCAUGCCGACAUCGGGAAUUAAUUGGAUCGCGUAUGUUACAGAUGGUGCCCAAGCCCUGCCGUUCUUGAUCGCCAUGUCAGGAAAUAUCAAAAUCUACGUGAGUAUAUACCGGGCCCUGAACGACCGGGUCACCAAAACCACACGGCAGAACUCCCGGGAACGAAAGACCGAAAUGCGGGAUAGGGUCAGCCGCAUGCUGAUCGCCAACGGGACAAUUUUCUUCUUGUGCCUGGCCCCGUUCGAGAUAACGUCCCUCUCCGAGAUGAUUAUGAGGAAGGGGCUUGGCGACAGCACCACCCGCCGGACUUGGACCCAAUUCUGCCGGGUGAUGAUGUACCUCAACUCGGCAGUCAACCCCGUUAUUUACAAUAUAACGAACCCCAGGUAUCGUCAAGCCUUCCUGAGAGCCUUCAGUAGGAAGCAAGACCGUAGGAAUGAAUCCAAGUCGCCCUCAACGGUACAGCUAAGCCAUCUGCGUGGCGAGAGUCAAGAAUCUAGAGUGAAAAAAGAUGGAUCACAUUGA